CACUGCCUAUAUGAAUUAAUUUUUCACCUGAAAACAUAUGUUGCUUUUAACAUGACCUACAGUUUCACAGGAUUAAAAGCCGAGAUUGAGGACUUCUCCAAGCUUGUGGAAGUUCUCUUUCCUUUUCCAAAUUUGUGUGGUUUUGAGAGUAUCAGCAAUGUUUGUUUGCUAAGAAACACUGCCAGCUCUUUCAGCCACCCUGGUGGGGCUGGCCCAGCUCCAACCAGCCCAUAUGAGGUCAUGAGCUCUGGGGUGACUGAAUCCAGCGUCUUGCCUCCAUGGAGACAGAACCUCACAGCAGGAGUGAUAACAAACAGACAGGGGAAAGAAAAUACCUGGAUCCAAGGUAGCAACAGCAGUGGGAGAGUACGGGAUAGUGGAGACAGAACUGGUGUCCGUACUGAUGGUCACUACUACACAGCUCUGAAACUCUACCUGCUUCACAGGGGCUCCAUGGCUCAGGAUGAGAGAGGAGCAGGGAUGGCCAACUCUACAGGUGAUCUAGAGACAGGCAAAGACAUGGAUGAUCUGACAAAAGGCCUGGAAGAACUCCGUGAUAUCUCUAAGGAGAGGAGGGAGAAAGCACUGCUGCUUUUACAUCUAGAAGAACAGCAUCAUCUUAUGUCUAUGCCGACAAAGAAAGCAGAUGACACACAAAAAUGCUGCAGAGCCCUGGAGCAGCUCAACAUGGAGCUGGAGAAACUAAGGAAAGAGGCUGCUCUGAAAAUUAAAACUCAGACCCUGCAGAUUGAGCAUUUGGAGGGGCGCUUCAUGGAUCUGGCCAACAACCAUGAAAAGAUGAUCCAGUUCAAGAAUGAACACAGGAAACAGCACAUGCAGCUGUGGGAGGAGAACAAGCACCUUCGGCAGGAGAAGGAAGUGCUCUUCAGCCAGGCUGUGAGGGAGAAGGAAGGUGAAGCGCUCCGGCUGGCUGCCCAGGCCAGGAAGCUCUCACAGCAGUUAUUCUCCCUGUAGGAGAAACAUGCUUAUGAGAGUUGCAGAGCCCAGGAGAGAGAAAAGGAGCUGCUAGAAGCUCAGAGCCACCAAGCAGGUGCCUACACCCGGGAAGUGGAUUCACUGAAGAAGCAGCUGCAACUCCUACAGGAGAGGCACCAACAAGCUGUUGCAAGGGCAGAGCAGGCAGAAAGUCAGCAGAGGGCUCAGAGCACUGAACUGUGGGCUGAGCUGGAGAGGGCACACAAGGAUAAAGAGCAGCUACUGAACCUGGCCAUGGAGAGGGGCAAAGCUCUGCAAGAUAAGGAACGGGAGAUUCAGCAGCUGGGGGAGAAGCUGGAGGUUGCGGAAGAAGCCAUGCUGAGAGCAGGAAGGUGCUAUGAGAAAGAGGCAGCAGCAGUGGACAAAGAUCUGAAGGUCCAACAGCUCCAAGGACAGCUGGAAAGCAGCAAGCAGGCGUACAAUGAGCUCUCUCUGCGGUUCGAUGCUUGCAGAAAGCACAGUAUGGACUUACUGACUAAAGAAAGAACACUGAAUGUCAAACUACAUCACUUUGUUGCAUAACUGCAUCGCUUUCCACUGUUCUCUCCUUGGCAGGUGCCUCUGUGGCAACACAUCACUGCAUUUUGUUCCUUUCCGUGGGGCCAUCUUCUGGAUUGUUUGUAAUAUCCUCACCAGUUUAAACCUCCCUACAAGGACUGGUUUUUGUCAUUACACUUUUACCUAAGUAAAUCUCUACACUGUUAAAUCUGAACGGGUAUUCAUUAGUGUGGAAAACGUAAAAUAGGAAUUUUAUCAGUUUGCUCCUAAUC